AUGCGAGCCCGAGUCAUCGGCGGCCUCGCGGCCUUGGGCGUUGCCCUGGCCUCAACCUGCCCUACCCUCACGCAGACCGUCUACAUCCCCGUCAUUGCCCAGCCCACUUCUCUCCCUCCUACCACCAUCACCAUUGACGCCUACACCCCUCCUGCUGGCGGCUCUCAGUACACAGGCCCCAAGCCCUGGGAGUCUGGCCCCGUCAUCACGUCCACUGUCUACAUCGCUCCCACUCCCGACUCCUCAAUCGCCAGCAUCCCCGGCAACGUCGAUGGCAAUCCUCCUGCUACCACCCUCCCUGGCGGCCAAGUUACCCCCGGCGCUCCAGGAGGCAAUGGUCAAGGAACCACAGUCUACACGUUCCCUGCUGGACAGACUCCUCCUUCUUUCCCCUGGAACCCUACGGACCCUGGCACCAACUCUGAUGGCGUCGUUGUCUUCGGCACCACUCUGUACAACACCAGACCUGGAUUGGGAGGCACUCCAACAGUCGACGCUCUCGUCACCUGCUUCACCGUCACCUUUCCCUCUGCGACGGACUCUGGCAAUACCCCUGGGGCUCCAGUUGGCGGUGGCUCUGUUAGCACCGUUGUCGUUCCCACAAUGGUCCCGGGCCCUGAUGGCAGUCUCUCCUACUCUCUUCAGACGCUUCUUUCUUCAUUCCCCCCGGGCGUUGGCAAUGGUGUUCCACCUGCUACCGUCGUUACCACCACCUACACUAUGCCGGCAGGUGCUCAGGACCCCACGGCAGGCACUCCUGUUAUCGCCACUCUCACUCUCACAUUCCCUCAACCUCCUGCGACUGGUGUCUCACAGCCUCCGGCAUCUCCUGGCGCGCCUGGUACUUCCCCAUCUGGCCCUGCUACCAUCACUGUCAUUCAGCCUCCUGGUGUUCCUGGUUCUGCCCCGUCUGACCCUGCCACCGUCACUGUCAUUCAGCCUCCUGGCGCCCCUGGUUCUUCUCCAUCUGGCCCUGCCACGAUCACUGUCAUCCAGCCGAACCCCUCGUCUCCUGGCAUUUCCGGACCAGCUGUUCCUGUCGGCCCUUCCACCAUCACCGUCAUUCAGCCCAGCGCCUCUUCUCCAGCUGGCUCAAUUGUCACCGUCUUCAUGACCUCUGACACUCCUCCUGCCGGAGGUGUUCCGGGCGGCCCUGGUUCGAUCUUGAGUCAGACUGUCUCUCCGAGCGACUCCAUUCCUGGUGGCUAUGGCGACUUGUCUCCUUCAGCUGGCCUUCCUUCUGCGAUCACAGUCACCCUUCCAGCUGGCUCCGGCUCCGGCUCUGGCUCAGACUCUGCUUCUCAGGGUCCUGGCAAUGCAUCGCCUGUCACUGUCACCGUCCCGGCUGGGUCUGGCUCAGAUGCUGGCUCCGGCUCUCAGGAUCCCGCUGGCGCAGCACCUGUGACGGUCACUGUCCCUGCUGGCUCUGCUCCUAGCAGCAUUCUUGGGGGAUACAGCGACCCAGCGCAAGUAACUGCUUCUCCUGGUCCUCUCGGCUCUCCCUCUGUGGUCACAUUGUGGCCCACUGCCCAGACCGAUGCGGCCGCAACUGCUGCUCCAACUGACGCUGCCACUGCCGUUGGCUCUGAUCAGCCUGGCGCAGCGAGCACCAGCUCUUGCACGUCGACCCUCGCACCGCAACCCGCGCCGACUUUGGUCAGCUCCGCAGAACCCAGCUCCGCAGAACCCAGCUCCACAGAGACCAGCUCUUCUCUGCUGACAAGCACACUGGUCAACGUCAUUUCGGAAGCCACAACCACCUACUCUUUCCCAUUCGAGUCCCUGGUCACUUCCAUUUCGGUCAUCACUGUGAGCCCGGCAGACCCAGGCAACGCCGCGGGUGGCAGCCCUCCCAGCGCCAGCGCCAGUACGAGUGCCAGUGCCAGCGCCAGCGCCAGCGCCAGCGUCAUUGUGAGUGCCGGUGGCAACGUCCAGAGCUCGCUGGUACUCAGCACCCUGGUUCAGGUAAUUACGACCACGCCAACCGCAACGGCAGGAGCCCUCGAGCGUCGCGCCUUCCUGAACGCAACUGCCCCCAUUUCGGCCGCGACCCCCAUGUGCACGGGUACCACUGAGGUUGGGACGCUGUCCUUGGACUUUGAUGACCUCUCGGUUGGCCCCGUCUACAACCCCUACCACCGCUUCUGGUUCACGAAGGGGUUCCUCGUCGGUCCUCCCCCCUCGGACCCGUACCUGCCCUCCUCUGGCGGCCGCCUUGUGGAGUUCGUGCCUCCCAUGCUCUCCAACUCCAACACAUCUGGGUUCUCUGGCGACACCGCUCAGAUUGGCAUGGGCAAGACGGCAUCAUCUCCGUGCUUCCAAUUCGACUUCUACGGCAUCAAUCUCGGCUGCGACUCUCGCAUCGCCGGCCAGCUCUGCGAGUUCACGUUCACGGGCUACCAGUGGAACGCUACACAGAGCAACGAGACGGAGUUCGCCAGCCAGACUGCCUGGGUGCCUUCUUGCCCUGCGAUGAAGGAGUGCCCUCUCACCGUUUUCAAGGCCACUGGCUUCUCUGGUCUGAGCUCCAUCACAGUCACACUUCGCGUGGAUGGCCAGCCUCGCACCUGGUGGGCCGACGACCUCCUUGUCGGCUGGAGCAAGAACGACUGCGAGUCCGCUGCCUGUCGCCAGCAGACUGGAGUAGACGCUGUCACCAUCGACAAUGGCCCGGUCUGGUACUGGACGUCGCUGGGCAUGAGGCUUUUGAAGCCGUCUCGGGUCACCAAGCACCUUUGA